CGCGGUCGCGUCUGAUAGGACUCCAAGUGGCACUACAACGACUUUGCCUCUGCUACACAUCAUCCUACUGAUUGAUUGACAGCCAGAUGGCCGACAUUGCAUCGUUACUUCAAGCAUCGCUGCAGCCCGCGACGAGAAAGCAGGCAGAGCAACAGCUCGAUCAACUUACUCCCCAGCAAGGCUUCCUAACUCAUCUGCUACGUCUUAUACUCGACAAGACACAAGAUCGCUCGAUCCGACUUGCGGGGGGAAUAUAUCUAAAAAAUAUUACCAAGCUUAGAUGGGAAGAAGAAGUUGCACCUCUGUCUGAGCAAGACAAAUCCGCCAUUCGAUCAGAAUUGGUUCCUACAAUGAUAGCCCUUUCUGAUCCUACAGAAAAAUCAAUCCGUGCACAAAUCGCGGAGUCAGUCGCGCUCAUUGCAGAACUCGACUUCCCCGCAAAAUGGAGUAAUCUCAUUGAUCAACUCGUAAUGUCUCUUUCUCCAACAGAUUAUAACGUUAAUAUCGGCGUUCUCGAGACUGCCCACUCUAUUUUUCGGCAAUGGCGUCCGCAAGUGCGCUCAGACGCACUUUUUACGGAGAUCAACUUUGUGAUCUCACACUUCAUGGAUCCAUUCCUCCUCCUUUUCCGUCAGACAGCAACGAUCGUUUGCUCAUCACCCUCUCCCCCUAAUCUCAGUCUUGUGACACAAGCACAGAUCCUUCUAGCAGAGAUAUUUUACGAUUUCACCUGCCAAGAUCUCCCCCCCGCUAUUGAGGACUCCCAUGAAGAAUUCUUUGCCCCGAACGUCGGCUGGUUCCACCGCUUCCUGACCUGGGAUCCCCCUGAACUGAGAGGAGAUCCUGAUGAUGUCAACCCUUCCCUUCCCGCGCGAUUGAAGACAGUCAUUUUUGAAAUUGCCGAACUUUACAUCAAACUCUACUCCGACCAACUGACUCGUUCACCUACCAUCGAGUCGUUCGUUCAAGGUGUAUGGGAACUUGUUGGGUCCAACAAACUUCCCAAUGUAGCCAACGACCAACUUGUCUCCCAAGCCCUGUGCUUUGUUUCGUCGGCAAUCCGAUCCGGCUUCUACAAACCAUUAUUUUCGUCCAAAGAGAUUAUACAUUCUCUCGUGCAAGGAGUCGUUGUGCCGAAUGUCGGUUUGCGUGACCACGAGAUGGAACAGUUUGAAGAUGAUCCACUUGAAUUCAUCCGUCUUGACCUGGCACUCCCUUCUGGUUCCGGCGGGGCAGGAUCAGCAGAGGUAUCCACGAGACGGCAGGCCGCAGCAGAUGUACUGCAGGCACUGGUUGGCAGCGGAUACCAGACUGAAGCGACUGAGAUUGUGGGGUCGUGGAUCAGCACUGGCCUACAGCAGUACAACUCUAACCCUGCGCAAAACUGGAAGUCUAAAGACUGUGCUGUAUACCUCCUGACCGCUAUUGCAACAGAAACUUCUACGGCGAAGCUGGGUGUGACCUCAAUCAACGCACAAGUUGAUGUGGUGAAGUUCUUCUCUGACCAUGUGUUCCAAGAUCUGCAGGCCGCCCAAAGCAGCGUGCACCCCAUUUUGCAAGUUGAUGCAAUCCGCUUCCUUCUAACCUUCCGUAACCAGUUAACGAAGGAGCAACUACUAUCUGUCUUGCCUCUUCUUAUCAACCACCUGAAGUCGGAUAAUUACGUUGCAUACACAUAUGCUGCCAUCACCAUUGAUCGUAUCUUGUCCAUAAAAAAGGGCUCACAGCUCAUGUUCUCCCAAGCAGACGUUCAUGACUUUGCUGCUGACCUGCUCGGUGUCAUCCUAACAAAGAUCGAGGGAGCAGGGUCGCCGGAGAAAGUGGCGGAGAAUGACCACCUCAUGAAAUGUGCUAUGAGGAUAAUUAUUACGGCACGACAGACGUUGACCCCAUUAUACCAGCAAGUCCUUCAGAAGCUCGUUACUAUUCUUGGUGUCAUCUCCAGGAACCCAAGCAAUCCCAACUUCGACCAGUAUAUUUUCGAGAGUAUAUCGGCUCUUAUGAGAUUCGUUGUCCACGGUACUCCUUCAACCCUGCCAACUUUCGAACAAGCACUGUUCGGUCCUUUUACAUUCAUCCUUCAACAAGACAUCGAUCAGUAUAUCCCCUAUGUUUUCCAGAUUCUGGCCCAAAUGCUUGAUAUGCAUACUACCAGCGUUCCAACCGAAUACCAUGCUCUCCUUCCAUUCCUCCUCAUGCCUGCGCCGUGGCAACAGAAGGGUAGCAUCCCUGGUCUCGUCAAGCUUUUAACAGCGUUUCUUGCGCGCGACGCGAACGAAAUGGUUACGAAGAACCAAAUAGUAUCAGUUCUUGCCAUCAUUCAGCAAAGGCUUAUACCAUCGAAAGUCAACGAUGCUUGGGGCUUUGAGCUCUUGCAGGGGGUUAUGCUACACGUACCUCCUACCUACCUGCAACAAUACUUCAGGGUCUUGCUCAUGACCCUUCUCACGAGGUUGCAGACGAGCAAAACCGAUAAAUACGCAUACCAUUUCUCCCAUUUCCUACUGUUCACAAUGGCCAUCAACGUCGAGGGUCUUGGUCCAAAUUAUGUCAUAUCUACCGUUGAAGGCAUUCAACCUCAAUUGUGGUCGCAGAUCUUGACGACUUUCAUCAUUCCGCAAGUUCCAAAAAUGCCACACAAAGAUCGCAAGGUCGCCGCUAUUGGCUUAACGCGAAUGUUGACCGAGAGCCAAGUAAUGCUCACGGAGCCUGCUUCGCGCAACUGGCCGUCUGCAUUCACAGCACUUGUGAAGCUCUUCAACGAACCGCAAUAUCUAACCAAGACUUCUACAGAAGACGCCGCCGCCGCCACAGGUCUUACCGAAAUUGACUAUGAAGAGCAAACUGCAGGGUAUCAAGCUGCGUACUCUCGCCUUGCGGCCGCCGAGAGUGCCACUGUCGACCCUGUCGCGUACGUCAAGGACCCGAAGGAGUUCCUCGGACGGGCACUGUCCAGGACCAGAGCCGGUGCACUAGUGGCUUCGUGCGACCCAGGUACUGUACAGCCGUUCGUACAGAGUUUGGCAGCAGAGGGCUUUGUUAUUCAAUGAAGGUCUGUCAUUUGGUAAACGCGGUGGUGAGGAAAUGAGUGUGUAGUUAGAUAGUGAUCGAUUAGGGA